AUGGCGACCGGCCCACGGCCGCUCCCCGCUCCAGCUUCGACGUCGACCCAUCCUCUUCCACCUCACACUCCUGUCUCGAUGGCGACCGCCACGAGGCCGCUUCACGCUCCUGUCUCGGCAGCGACCAGCACGAGGCCGCCUCACGGUCCUGUCUCAGCAGUGACAGGUAUUCUACAGUCCCAUGUUCCUGUCUCGACAGCAACAGGUAUUCUACAGUGCCAUGUUCCUGUCUCGACAGCAACAGGUAUACCACCGCCUCACGCCCUUACAACGACGGCAACCGUCCCAUGCCCUGCUCACGCCCGUCUCGACAGCAGCCUCCCUCUCCUGCUUCGAUGGCACCCGGUCCGCGGGCGCCUGAUGACCACUCUACAGGGGCAACCGAUUCCCGGCUGUCUGACGGGCACGCCAUGGCGGCGAACGAUCGUUGGCUGCCCCGCAACCAUAACUCAGCGACGACCGGUCCACAGCCAACUCACGACCAAGCCUCAGUGGCGACCAAUUCCCGGCCGCCUCAUGACCACGUCCUGGGAGGUCUUCGUCCAGAGGCGUCACCUGGUCCCAUCUGGUUCCUGCUUCGCUUCCUCCUUGACGACGUCGACCCGAAUCGCUCCGUCGGGACCCUGGUGCCUGGCGUCCUGGCUGACCUCCGGACCUGCUCGGCCUGGCGCCUCGCUUUGGACAGCCACCAGACUGACUGGGGUUGGGGUGUUGGUGCCCUCCCCCGGUCCCACUUCCACCCUCCCAUGGAAGUCACCUGAUCCUUCUCAAGAGAACCAAGGUGAAGGUUGCAGCAAGUCAAUGGUUCGGGCUGUGUCAGCCGUGUGCGUUGGCACUCCUGAUUAUGGCACAAGGACCAAUGCAAUUAUCCUGAUGGAUGCGGAGGGGAACAUGGCCUUCAAAGAGCACACCAUGCUUAGUUGUGACACAAACAACUGGUGCACCAGUUCUUUCCGAUUCAAGCUGCACACAUGAAAAAGUCGUAUAGGAAACUUGUGCCUCGGAGCCCAGCUGAUUCUGGCUUUAUCAUCACCCAAUAAUCAUUUAGUUUCUGAAGCCCCUGUCACUCGAGCAAUUGAGCAGCACUACCAAACUUGGCUGCUUAGGUUUGGCGUUUUUGUUUAUUACUAACCUAUAAAACACUUAAAAGAUUGCCAAAGAGAUUGUUUUUUGAUGAAGUUGUUUAUAAAGACUGCAAAUAUGUGAGUUUUAUUUAUUUUAGUAAUGUAUCUACAGGUACAAUAAAUGAUAAUACUAUUAAUUGAGUUCAGUAGUUUAAAAAAAAUGUCAUUCAUAGAAAUGCACUCCAUGCACUUAUUGAGUGAAAUAUUUCACAAUUUGGAGAAAUGCAAUUAAUUCAUUAAUAGCACUGCGACAGAAAACAAAAACUCAAAAUCGCUACUAUUUACAAUAUUACAUAAAUUAUCAAGAACCUACCAAAUUUUGAAUGUAGCAAUUAAGCAGGAAUUUGUUUGUUGUAGAGUAUUUUCCUGAUUUGUUUUAAUGCAUCUAAACCUAAGGAACCUAAGAGUUGUAUUUUGUUUUGUCUGCAACAGUGGCGCUAGACUCCUACUUUCAGUAACCAAGCAGGAAACAGGAAGUAGUUCAGCGAGGUUUAGGGCUGUUGAUUUUUUUCACUCAAAAUUUUGAGCAAACAGCUAUUCUGCUUUUUGACACAUUAUCCUAACAAGCAAUUAUUAUUACAAAUGACACAUUGUUUUCUUGGGUUAUGUAAGAUUUUAUCCGUGGUAAAAAGGAGAUAGGGUUGUCACUGCGUUCCAUUGGCUCGGGGGGGGACCACGGGACCCAAAACUCACUGACAUUGUCCAACAUUCUUCUGAUAUAAACUUUGAAAACAGCACAGUUGCCAAUCAUUGUAAACCAUUGAUCGGUGCUGUUUGUAAGACAUGUCCAUAUAUGAGUGACUAUCAUUUGUCGAU